CAGUGACAUCACAACAAUACCAAAAAUUAAUGCUUGGUAGUACUAAUUGUGCAUUAUUUUCUCUAAACAAGCCCAAGUUGGGCAUGAGGAGAAAAGUGAGAAUCUAUGGCAAAGUUAGUUUUAGAGAAUCAUGACAGCCAUUACCCUAACAAGAUCUAACGACUGAUGCUACCCCUACUACUUAAAAACUUUAAUUUCUCUGGAAAUCCUUGAAAUACUCUCCAGACAUAUGAUUGCUAAUCUCCAACUGAAAGGACUUAAGCAUAGAUUUUUACUGGAGAAAUGGACCAUGGUACUAAAUCCUUUCCGGGUGCAAGUUCAUCGUCUAAGGAAAUCAACGGUGAAGAAUUCACCCUAGCCCGUACCAGGGCUAAAGAAGAUCAAUAUGGGAAGGAGAAGCAUUACGUAGGCGUUCGAAAGCGGCCAUGGGGCAAGUUUGCAGCUGAGAUAAGGGAUUCUACAAGAAAUGGAAUGAGGGUUUGGCUUGGAACAUUUGAUACUGCAGAAGAAGCUGCCUUGGCUUAUGACCAAGCUGCACUUUCGAUGCGAGGUCCAGUGGCUGCCCUUAAUUUUCCGACUGAAAGGGUCCAUGAAUCCCUUCAAGAAAUGGUUCUUUUUAGCUGUGAAGAUGGUUUAUCACCAGCUGCUGCCCUGAAAGAGGCACACAAGAUGAGAAGUAUGUCCAAACGUAGAGGCAAAAGGAAACAGCUGGUCAAGGGAGAUGAUCUGGUGGUGUUUGAAGACUUGGGACCUGAUCUGUUGGAUGAGCUCUUAUCUGAAUCUGAGAGUUCUGGAUCUUAUCAAUCUCCAGCUCUCUUGACGGUAAACAAAGUGCUUUAGUGAUUUUGUAUGGUAUUGACCUUAGGCCCAUAGUACAGAAGCACCGUUUGUUUUUGUCAAAAGUUUGGCAUAUAGGAAUUAUUUUUUCAACUUCACACUGUGUGUAGCAAACUUCAGGUACUGUUUGAUGAUGGUUAUGACAGUUUCAUCUCAUUUUUCUUUUCCUAACUAUUUUAACUCUUUGUUUUCGAACGUAGUAUUCAUGUAACUGUGUCUGAUUAUAUUGA